CAGCAUGCUGACGACUAAGCUGUACACGUUGGUGUUGGUGGUUCAGCCACAGCGCAUCCUGCUGGGCAUGAAGAAGCGCGGCUUUGGAGCCGGCCUCUGGAACGGCUUUGGGGGGAAGGUGCAACUGGGGGAGACGGUGGAGCAGGCAGCCCGAAGGGAGCUUCAGGAAGAAAGCAGCUUGAUCGUGGACACCUUACAGAAAAUGGGUCAGAUCACCUUUGAGUUUGUAGGCAACGCGGAGCUGAUGGAAGUCCAUAUCUUUCGCGCGGACAGUUUCCACGGAGAACCCACGGAAAGUGACGAAAUGCGCCCUCAGUGGUUUGGCGUGGACAAGAUACCUUUCAAGGAGAUGUGGCCGGAUGAUAUCUAUUGGCUUCCUCUUCUGCUCCAGAAAAAAUAUUUCCUGGGCUACUUUAAGUUCCGGGGGCAGGAGACUAUCUUAGAAUACACCCUGAAGGAGGUGGAGAAGAUGGAAGAAGGAACGGGAGGAGGAUUUCCUGACGGAGGCAGGAUAAAGGACAUCCUGGCAGGGAAGGAACCACUGCCGGCUGUGUAGCAACGCAAUUCUUCUGCCAAACUCAACUGGUUGACUGCUCAAUUGGUUGACUGAUUGGUUGGUUGACUUUCUAGGACAGGGACGGCUAACGUUACCUGGACCGAGUGCCCGAAGCGCGUAUGUGCGCCUAUGAAUGCAUGUGCAAAAUGCAAUCUGUGUAUGCGCCUCCCCAUGCGUGCGUGUGCACCCCCCGCACGAGCCUUGUCCCCUGCGUACCUCUCUUCCUGUACACGCUCCACCACCACCCCCCUGUGCAUGCACACACACACACCUCCCACCCAUGCACAGCAGACCCAAAGACCAGCUGAUGGGAGGUGCCUGCACAUGCACAGCAAAACUGAACUAGGGCAACGUUUGAUGUGCCACCAGAAAGAGUGUGGCAUGCCACCUCUGACACGCGUGUAUAGGUUCUAGGAGUGGGGAAAAAAACCCUCAAAACUACUUGUUCAUAUACAGAAAUGUGUUCCGUGACCAAUAAAUACUAAAUUACGGAAAAAUGUGGUUAAACCAGAAGAAGAGAUGUCAGGCUGUUUUCAACGCCAUGAAGAAAAAAAAACCCUUUGAUCGUACACGUUGCCAUAAAUGGGUUUCACUUCAAAUAAACUUUCAAACUUUUUUAAUAAAAGAGUUUUACAUUUCUCUUCUUAACAAAUAAGAUCUUUUUUUUUUUUUGCAACUUUUGGGGCGGGGGGGUUUGCGGGAUGUCCAGACCCCCAUAAACGUUUACUGAAGUCUUACCAAGUGGGAAUAAAGACAUUCUGCCGUUUCAUAAAGUGCUUUGUUUCUUUUAAAAAAAAAAAAACACAAUACUUUUUGCAAAGCGGAGACCCCUUGUAACAAAUGUCAGAUUAAAUUCCAGGAGGCUGG